AUUGCGCCUGUAAGAUGUUAUGGAGUCUGAAUAUUCUACAGUUUAUUUCUUUUCUAAUUUCCUUAAGUUAAAUCAACAAUCCUCAUCUUAGAAAUCAAGAUCCACCAGUAGCAUACGUUUAAACACACAUCUUUAAACUUUAUAUAAUUUUGUUUCGUGAAUACAAGCUUCUAGUUUUUCCAUACAGCGAGAAUGUUGAAAGUUUUGUGAGGACACUCCUUCAGGACCUGACGCACCAAGCCUACAGCCGUAAAGCUGAGGGACAUAUAAACUCUUUCGGUUUCUUAAAGGGGGCUAGUAGAAAAACGCAGAAACUUCAGUGGAGAGGAGCAAGGGUCUGAGAUUAUUGUGUGAGAGAGUUUCAUCAUGGGAAAACAGAACAGCAAGUUGCGCCCAGAGGUCCUGAAUGACCUGCGAGAGAACACAGAGUUCACAGACCAUGAGCUGCAGGAGUGGUACCGUGGUUUCCUUAAGGACUGCCCUUCCGGCCACUUAACGGUUGAGGAAUUCAAGAAGAUCUAUGCCAAUUUCUUUCCAUAUGGGGAUGCAACAAAGUUCGCAGAGCAUGUCUUUCGAACCUUUGACACCAACGGUGAUGCCACCAUUGACUUCCGGGAGUUCAUAAUUGCACUGAGUGUGACCUCACGUGGAGGCCUGGAACAGAAGCUCCGUUGGGCCUUUAGCAUGUAUGAUUUGGACAGCAAUGGAUACAUCAGCAGAGCUGAAAUGCUGGAGAUUGUACAGGCAAUUUAUAAAAUGGUGUCAUCUGUGAUGAAGAUGCCCGAGGAUGAGUCAACUCCAGAGAAACGCACAGACAAGAUAUUCCGACUGAUGGACACGGACAAUGAUGGCAGACUUUCUCUUGAGGAAUUCAUCAAAGGUGCCAAGAGCGACCCCUCUAUUGUCAGACUAUUACAGUCUGACCAAAGCACGUCUCGACAGUUAUAAAUACAAAUGUGAAAAGCAGCUGACAGGCAACCACAAAAAUGCACACUAAAAAGACAGAAAUAUUAGAAGGUUUGUUGCUUGAAUCUGAAUUCAAACCGUAUUUGACAUAUUUACAGUAAUGGAAUUCAUUUGAAAAUUAGAGGAGAAAAAGCACUGCCUUCAAAAAAAUGGCUGUUGGGCCAUUUGGGUGAAAACAUUGUGUUAGUAAACAUAUUUAAUUCUAGAUCUAAAAAUAGUCAAAAUUGUGUUGAAAUACCCUUAACAUAAAAGUAGGCUACUGCUCAUUAUAGUACAAUCAUUAGAUUAUUUUGUCAGAUGUUGAUUAUGGGUAUAUACACUACAGGUGGUCUGGAUGCAUUUGAAGCAGCACUGACUGAAAGUGCGGACCUAAAAAUCAUGUAGAUGUUGGACCAUCAAAAUGCCUAGUGCUUUAUUUUUUUUUUAAAUGUAUUGCCUUGUUAGGUAUGUUUCAGAAUAUACUGAAAAUCUCUUUAAGCUGCUUUGAUUUACAUGUAUUUUUGUGCUCAAAUACAGCUUUUAGAUUUAAUUAGUCAAAAGAAAAAUACCAGAGCAUGUUUGGCCGUUUUUGUUAUCAGGAGUUGAUUCAAAAUUAUUUAAAAUAUAAUACGGAUUGGCAAACUAUUUUGAAGUGCAAUAUAAUCGGAGCACAUGAGAAUAAUUUGCUGCAUUGUAACAUCCGAUUUAAAACCCAGUUGGCUUUAAUUCUAAAGUUUAUGAUUACAAGGACAAAACGCAAGAGGACAGUCCUAAAUCCUUUUUUUUUUUAAUCACCAUACUGCCCUCAAGGUAAAAACCAGCAGGCUUUAGGCUGAUACAGUGGUUAACAAAUUAAUAUUUCAACAAUGUUGUCCAUUUGAAUAUAUGGAGAAGAUAGAAUAGCAGACAGGUGGUUAGUUUCUCCAUGUCCUUUCUCUAUUCCAAUGUCAAUAAAAACAGAAUAGAUGCUUUUGGAUAUUUAGUUGCACAGAAUGUAAUGUUGAAUUUUCUCCAAGUUCUGUGUUAGUGCAGAGAAUGAACCUCCUUACUAUAAACAUUAUCGCUUAUUAGAUCAUGCUCUAAAUUUUCACCGUUGCAUGAAGUACAGUAUUUUUGUGCUUUAAAAAGCUCUACGUAAAAUGCUUUGUUUUAAGAGUUUAAAUGAAAUGCCAAACCUAAUAUUUGUACUGGAUAUAUUAGAUUUAAGAGUCAUUUUUUAUUUUAUAUAAUCGUAAUUGUGCUAUAAGCAAUGAGGUUUCAACUAGAACAAUAAUUCUGUCUUUACUGUAGCUGGGAAUGGGAUGUCCAGCCAUAUUGUGGUAAAGCCAAAGCAUCAUUGCGAAUCAUAAUGUUGCAUCUUAACUGAGCAGUGUACUUGUCUGCAUGAAUUAUCAAUAACCCACUGAUUCAUAGGCCAUUUAAGUCACUAGUGUCCACUUGAAAAUGUGUGGAUAUUUGUAAGAACUGCUCGAUAAUGUGGAUAAGAUAGUCUUAAACUGUCACAGGGAUGUAAUAAAAUCUA